GAAUAAAAUAUAUUAUGGCACACGAAUAGUGUAUUGACGUGCAAAUUUUGUAAUUGAAACUUGAAACCUGAACUUCACUGUUCCUCAACGCACGGCACGAUGAUCUAUUUUACUACUGCCAUCUGGAUUUGAUUCGGUUCCUCGAAAAAAGUGACCACUAUCGUUCGAUGAGUCACAAUUUUAGCUAAAUUUUUAACAGUAAUUAUUAUCAUGCGGUAUAAAGUUUCGUAAUAAUUUGACACGUCGACCUAAUUUCAAAACACGAUCAUUGGCACUGGGAAUUUACGUAUUCAUUUAAAAAAGUGAUUUUUCAUUCAACUGUCUAACUGCAAUCGUGUUCUACAUUACAACGUCUGCAUUAUGAAGUAAUCAAGGUCAUUAACAAACGAUAAAAUAAAAUACGGGACAUCGUAUGACCGUCGAAAUGAACACAAAAUUUACAUUUAUUCAGCCUGUGGACAUUCUGAGAAGCAUACCCCAGUAUCAUAUAUUUCUAGAGGCAUGCUUGGCUCUUUGGUUCGUUUGGUUUAUUGGUAGAAAGUAUUUUGGCAAUCAUAGAAAGAUACCAUCCGAAGAAGAAGUCGAGAGGAAGCUCGCAGAAUGGAGACCCGAACCGCUUAUAAAUAAUCCACAGACGAAUCACCCGUCUUUAAACCCAAGAUCUGUCACAUCGAGAGCUGGGAAGAGAAUAGUGGUAGAUGGAAAGGAUUGUUUGAACUUAGGUACGCACAAUUACCUAGGUUUAACAGAAAACAGUGAAAUAGAGAGAAAUGCGAUAGCAGCGGUGAGAAAAUACGGAGUUGGCUCUUGUGGCCCACGUGGAUUCUAUGGUACCGUCGACGUUCAUCUUGAACUGGAAGAACGCUUAGCAGAUUAUACAGAUACAGAAGAAGCAGUCGUAUAUUCGUACGGAUUCAGCACUAUUGCAUCUGCGAUUGCAGCCUACUGCAAACGUAAAGAUCUUAUAUUCGUAGAUGAAAACGUGAAUUUUGCUAUACAAAAAGGACUGGACGCGACCAAGGCUAACAUCAACUACUUUAAGCAUAACGAUGUGAACGAUCUCUCUGAUUUAUUAAAGAAACAAGCAGAGCUUGACGAAAGAAAUCCUAAGAGGGCAGCUAGAACUAAACGUUUCUUAAUAGUAGAGGGCAUUUAUAUGAACACUGGAUGCAUCUGUCCGUUGCCAGAAUUGGUUGCACUUUGCAGAAAAUAUAAACUAAGAAUAUUUGUCGACGAAUCGAUAUCGUUCGGAACUCUUGGUGAACAUGGAAAAGGUGUUACUGAACACUUCGGAGUUCCCAGACACGAAAUUGACAUGAUCAUGGGAUCUCUAGAUUGGGCAAUAGGAUCUAUCGGUGGUUUUUGCGUGGGUACGUCGUUCGUUAUUGAACACCAACGUCUGUCUGGACUCGGUUAUUGUUUCUCCGCAUCUUUACCACCACUUUUAACAGCUGCAGCUAUCACUUCCUUAGAGAUCAUGAAAAAUAAUCCUGAGAUAUUUAAGUCGUUGAAAGACAAUUGCCUAGCCAUGAACGAUGGACUUCGGAAGAUUCAUUGCCUGGAGUGUUCGAGUUUUCCAGAAUCCCCAGUGAAACACGUGUACUUGAAGAAUAGAAUGAAUCGUGCCACGGAACAAGAGCUGCUUUCCAGUAUCUCUGACAGAUGUAUUGAAAAUAAUUUAGCAGUCAUAACUCCGGUCUACUUGGAAGUAGAAAAAAACUUACCCAGGCCUAGCCUCAGACUUUGCAUUUCUGCGGUUCUCGACAAAGACGACAUCGAUUUUGCAUUGAACGUGUUAAAAAACUGCGCUGAACAAGUCUUGUCAGCACGGAUCGAAAUGAAUCAAGAGAUUUUCAAGUAGUACUUUCAGAUCGAGACAGACACACUUUGUAUUUAAUUUUCGUUCACUAGUCAAUGUAUAAUUAUUUAUAUAUUGUCUGGUUAAACAGAGAUCAAACUUCGAUCAUCAAAGCAAAGUAUUUUGUUGCCUAUGUAGAGAUUAUAUUUUACUUGAUGCCAUGCCAUUGUGAUAAUCAACUGUUUACACAUGUCAGAGAUCGUCUUAGAAACACUUGUUGCAUUUACGAUACAAAGUUUUAUUAUAUUUAUUGCAUUUAUUAAGAAUAAGAUGUAAAAUGUAUACCGCAAAAUGUGCUUGGGAAGCAUAUGUUUUAAAUAAAUUGUACAUGUCCCGAUUUAAAAAAUUAAUAAAUUAUUUUUGAACUGUUCA